AUGUUUAAGGAAGUUUUUGGUAAAUUUGUUUUUCGACUAAUUAGCAAUUCGAUCACAACUGAGUAAGAGUAUGAAGUAAGUCAGUAAUUUAUUUAUUUUUUUGGCUUACUAGGAGCAUUGCUUCCUUUUUCAUAUGCAGUGGUUCCGAAUAAAAGAAUAUUUUUUGGAGAUGAGUCCUUUAUUUUUAUAGCAAAGUUGGUUAGACCAUAUUUAUUUUUCAAUCAUUAAGAAACAACCUAGAUAUUAUUGUUGUACAUUUUUUAUUUUGGAGUUAUAAUAUCCUUUAUUAACAUCGGACUGUAAGGAUCAAAUACUUAAUAGUUGAUUAAAUUGAAUGAUAAAUUUUCUCCCAUCAGCAAGACAGUGUUUUUAAUGAAUUAAAUAUUUGAUGUUUGGCUUUUUAAUAUUAUUGUCGAAGUGAUAUUAUUGCAAGAACACGCUUACUCUUAUUUUUUAGCAAGCAUUUACUGCUGCAUAUUAAUAUAUAGAAUUAUGUUUACAAAAGUAAGUAUAAUGUUUAAAUAUCACACUUUCAACCAUUAGAAUUAAUCAUUUUAUUACUAUUGCAUCCAAAUUUUAAAUCUAAUACAAAUAUUUUUGUAUGCGUAAAAUUACGAAAGUAGGUUUUUGCUAUUGCUGUAAGUCGCCAUAUCAAUAAUAAUUUGUUCUUUAAAUAUAGCCAACAUUAUAACUUAUCUCCCAUAGACAAACUUAGGCCUUUUAAAAUUACAAUUGCCCACUUUUUUGAAUUCAGUGUUUUACUGUUUUGGAAUUCUAAUAACUUAGUUUUAGAAUGUAGAAAACCGUAGUCCUUAAAUGUUAUUUAUUCUAUUAUGGCCAUUCUGGAUUAGAAUUUCACAUCACUUUUUUGUGAAUUAGUUUAUAGUUUCAUUAGUUUGGGAAAAUUAUCAAAAUAAAAUUAUUCAUAUAUUCUACUAAAAUUAAAGCGAUGAUGCAAGUAUCAAAGUAGUUUACUAUAGACGAAAUUUGAACUAAAAGCUUUUCAAAUUUAGUGAGAUAAUAAAAAAAAGAAGUAAUGCUAAAAGCUAUUCUAAUUUUUUGGAAAAAAUCAAGAUCUAAGAUUCUCAACAGCACUUUUCUCUAUUUCUACUUUUUGAAGACUAUUUUGGAGCAUAUGAAUAUAUUAUUAAGUAAAAUAAGUCUACAUCCUUGAUAUAACAAAUGAAGUUUGAUAUUUGCACUUUAAAAUGCAAGUUUGAGUUAAAAUAAUAAAUGACCAUAUCUAGCCAAAUGAUACAUAAUAAAGCAUUUAACCUUGAUAUAGACAAUUUUAUUAAAGUGGAAAAUAAAAGCGAGGAGUUAAGUAAUUAGUUAAUUAGAGAUUGCUAAAAUAAGAUAAAAUUUUUAUCACUUGUUAAUUAAAAUGAGAUUAAGAGAUCCAAGCUUGAAAAAUAAGUAAAUCAUUGUAUCUAAAAAUUUGAAAAAAUUAUAAAUGAAAUUGAAGUACUAUAUAAACAAUUUCCUUUGAAAAGAUAUUAAAGAUAUCUGAUAUUUGCAUAUGCAGAACUUUGUAAUGACUUUUUGCAAGCCUUAAGAGUUACAAAUUUGACCUCGUUUAAUGAUGAAGCAAUUUAUACAAAAAUCUUGUCUCUGACAUUAGAUUUUUAUUCAAUCAAGACCAUUUAUUUAAUUACUAAUUUAGAAAAUAGAAAAGUCCUUAGAGUUUCAUCAAAUUACAAGAGCAUCAUGAAAUAUCCUAUUUCUAACUUAGAAGAUAUCGUUCCAAAAGGGAUAAAAGAAUAUCAUGAAGAAAUGAUAAUAACAUUUUUAAGAACUGGAGAAUCUAAAUUUUUUUAGGAAACAACAUCAACAUUUUAUUAGAAUGAUGAUUUUGUAAAUCCAAUUACUAUUAUAAAUGAUGUUUUUAUCGAAAAUAGCCAUAUCAAUUCAAUUACAAUUGCAAAUGUUCCCAAUGAAGAUUAAAUUGCCUUGAUAGUAGAUGCAAAUCUUUGUAUUGUUGGGUUUAGUAGAGGAUUUUUUGAUUCGCUUGAGAUUAGUCAUGAUUUAUGCGAACAUUUUCAUGGAAUUAAAAUAGGAUAUGUAAUUCCAGAUUUUACAGAGCUUUCUCAAAAUGAUUAAGUUUAGUAUUUAGAACUUAAAUUUUUGAGAGGGUUUCAACUUCAAAAAUAUCUAGAUUUUAUUUCAAGAAAUUACAAUAGCAAACUAUAAUCAAUGGUAAUGAAUGAACUUUGGAUGGAUAAAUCAAAAUUAGACACUUAUAUUUCCCAUUGUAAUAUAAUAAAAUCAAAAUAUGGUUUUUACAAAGUUAUUUUUAAUUACAUAAAAAACUAAGUCAAAGUUCCUUUUCGUAAUUUAACCAUAAAAACAUAUGCUUAAAUAGCAGUGCAUGAUAAGGAUGAUAUGGAUGAAUAAGUUAAAGUAAUCUCUCCCUACGAUUCAUAAGAUUAUUUACUUGAAAAAUAGGAUGGCUUUUGUGCUGUUAAAGAUGAAGUACUGUUAUCAGGCAGAGAUCAUCAAACAUUGGCGUUGAUAGAUUUUGAUCAAGAAGGUGAAUUUUAAACUAGAAGAAAGAAUCUAUAAACAAUGAUAAGACCAACUACUUACUAAAACAUCUUUUAAAGUUAAUAAGAUAUAUAUGGAGAAGAGGAAAUUGAAAGUUGUUCGAUAGAGGAAGAAAAUAAAAAAUAAUUGUAUUUUGUUAAAAAUAUAGCAAAAUAUGGAAUUUUUGAAAAAAUAAGACAUAAUAACACUAUUAGUAAAUUUAGUAGGUUAUUAAUCAUAGUCUUAAUAUUUAACCAAAUUUUAUUCCUAAAUUAAAUUCUCAUCUCCUUGAUUACAAGCCUUAAUGUAUUAGAGUAAAAUAAUGUGGAUAUCGAUUUACUUUAGAUAAAAUAUUAUUUAUUUUAACCAGUUGAAUCAUUUAUUGUAACAAGAUAUACUAUUAUCAAUUACAAUGCAUAAUUUACGGCAAAAUUAAUCACAAAGAGUUAAUUAGAUAGAUAUUUAGUGUUUCCAAAUUCAAAUUUAAAUCUAGGUUUUGAUGAUGUUUAAUAAAAUUAAGCCGCUAUUUUAAAUAGAUUGACUAUUUAGGAUUUUUUGGCUGAAUAUUAUGAUUUUUAUAUUUAUGUUAAGACUGACGUUGGAGAACUGUAUAAUAUCACGAUGAGAUAGUCAUUAAGCGUACUAAUCAAUUAUUAAUACACAUUUAAAGCAGCCUAUAAAUAUGAUGGUAAAACUGUCUCAGACUCACCCUAUAUAUUUUAUUCUUAUAGAAAUCUCUUAACUUUAUACAAUGCUUUUGACGAAUUAAAUUAACAAUUAUUUUUACAAGCUAGUCUAAGAAUUUAAUUAGAUUUAGAUAAAGAGUUAACUUUAUUUUAUCCUUUUAUUAUUUUAUAAUUGAUAUUUUUUGCUUUGGAAAUUUUUUGCUUAUAUAAAAAUGAGUAAUGCUUAAGUAGGUUUUUUCUUCUCCUUCUUUACUGCGAUUUAGAAGUAACAAAAUAAGAAAUAAGGCGUCUCAAUAAAUUUAUUGAUAUAUAUAAUAAAUCAGAAUAAAUUUAACCUUUCUAAUUUAAAAUAGAGCAGAAAGAAAAUGAAAUUGAAGAAUAUAAAAAUCAUUUAAAUGUGACAUCAAUAAAAUAAAACGGAAAAGAAAAAUCUAUUAGAUUGACUAUUGGAAAUAAAUACAUUGUUCUGUUAUUUUAAUCAAUAAUUCUUAUAUCUUUUGGUUUGUUAAAAUAUUUUGUAAUGAAGAAUUAUCUGAAUAAAUAUUAACCAACCUGCGAAUUUUAUUUGGGGAUGUCGUAUCUUGGCACAAAUAUUCCAACCAUAUAUGCUAUGAGAGAGGUGCUUUAUUAUAGAUGGAGAUAUCCCUUCUAUAAAGAUGAAGAAAUAUCUUAAAUAUCGUUUUAAAUUGAAGCAUGCUUAUAACAAGUCUAAAAUUUCACUCUGUAUUUUUCUUAAUUAAAAAUGGAUGAGUUCUUACUUAGUCACAGCUUCUAUUAAUACCUAGAAGAUCUUAGUAAUAGUAAUCUGUGCGACCUGCUAUCUUAAGAUUUAAUGACAAAAAGCAAGGACUUAUGCUUCUCAACUUUAGGUGGAAGUCUAUAAAAAGGGUUGCAGGGAGCUUUAGUUUUUGUAUACUCUAGCAUAAACAAUGAAAAACAAAUAAACUAGUUUCUCAAUAAGACUGAGAACACUGUGAAUGAAUUAGAAGGAGUGUUUAUUCUAUCAGAAUUAAUAAAACAAAUAAAUGUAGCUUUUAAAGAUGACUUCUUAUCUUAGGCUAAAUUAGUUUAGGAUAGUUUAUUUAUUAUCUCCAUUAUUUAUUUAAUUUUUAUGAUUACUACCUUAGUAAUUAUUUUCGCACUUAUUAAUCGUUAUUUGUACAAGCAAUUUUACUAUGCUAGAAGAUAUUUAUAUUUAAUCCCAUAAGUGGUAAUUUAUGGGGAUGCUGCUUUUGAGAGGUAAACGAAACUCUUAUUUAAAAUCUCAUCCUGA